CUUGUGCCUUUCAGUUCUAUCAAACGAGGUCAGCGGUCGUGGUCACUGCAGUCAGUUCGCGCCUGGCGCCCAGUCGUUCAACACUACGGAGAUCGACGUUACGGACCACGGUCCUGUCACCGAAUUUGUGAUGUGCGUUCCAUCUCGCCAUGAGCCAGCGGUGUCGGAUCUUCUAGGGGUGCAGGACUAUGUGGUUCAAGCUGUGCAAGUUCAUGACGUCAUCCUGCCGCCGGGGCCUCCGCCGCCACCAGAGGUCCGCCGAGAAGGCCUGCUACCAGAAGUGGUCCUUCGGAUCGAUGCGCGCAUGGUCGUCUCAGGGUGUUUCGCAGCCAUCGAGCUGUGCCGCCUUGGUCUAGACUUCUCGGUCUCUUCCUUAGUGAUGCGAGCGGUCUUCUUCAUCUUCUUCGCUCUCACCUGCCGCCGUGCAGCGGCAAUCUUGCCCGACCUGGAUCCGCCUGACGAGGUUGUUCCUCUGGGACGCGGCACUCCGCUCGUCAUCGCUUUCAGCCUCAUGAUUUUCACCAUAGCGGCAAGCAGCCUGUUCGACAUGAGCGUACUGCAGACGCUCGCACGCCCUGUCUUCUCCACCGUCGUGGCCACCAUGCUGGCACUGGUUGUCUAGGGACACGUGCAUGCGGGUCAAAGGGUCUGUGAUGAACGCGAAGAGUCUCAUUUCAUGGAUCGCCGUCAUCUUUAUGUGUGCUGUGUUUAAUUUAUCGUGAGUCGCGAGUGAUAUGUAUGCUGUUUUACCGAGCCUUAAAGAUCUACCUCUUACGAUGCCGGAGCAAAACUACAAUAAAAGACUGUUCCCCAGCACUCAUUUGCAAAGGACAUUUCAGCGAUUGCCUUCAUGCACUCAUGCACCACCAGCACUUGCAAAGCCUGCGCACUUGUAUAUGAUGCCGUCUGCAUAUGCUGACGCGCUUAUUUAAGGAUAUAUGCUGUGCAAGAGACACCUGGUGCUACACAUAGGACGUUUUGUUCACACGCCGCAGAUAUGUGGUUUACAUGAGCGCACUCAGUGAAAUACAGUGAAGGCAGAACUGUUUUUUUCGGAAUCAUAAUUUUCAUGGCAGGAGGUUGCAGAAAUUGUGCGAAUACCCUUAAUAAGAUUUCCGCUAACUAAAAUACUAAUAUCGUAACUAUAGUUCAAUACAUGUGUUGUGUUCGGGGAAUUGAAGAAACACUUUGUUCGAAUGAACUCUGUAAGCUGGAACAUUUAUUAAACAUGUUAAACAAACAGUA